AUGGCUCUGCUUUCGCUCUUGGGGCUCUUCGUUCCGGUCCUGUCUGCAGCGCAGGGGGACUACCAGAAAUAUGUGAGCCAAUACGCUGGUGAUUACGAGAAAUACAUGCACGGCGGUGGUGGCAACGGUGGGAGUGGGGACUACGAAAAGUACUACAAGAAGUACAUGUCUCAGUACGGCUCGGGGGCCUCUGGUGGCUACGAGAAGUUCAUGUCACAAUACGCAGGCGACUAUGCCAGCAAGUACAUGCCAUCCUCGGCAGAGUCGAAGAAGUCUGCAGAGCAGGCAGAGGCGGUAAGCUUCGCUGCAGCCGAUGAUGCGCACUCCAAGAAGGACUCUGCGUCGAAGAGCGAUGAGGCACACCCGUCCCAGCAUGAGCAAGGCGGCUACCAGCAGUACCUGAACCAGGGCUCCCAGAGCGGCGACUACAGCAAGUACAUGCAAGGGCAGGGCUCUUCUCAGGCCGGAGACUACAAGCAGUAUCUGCAGUCCUACGGUGGUGACUACAGCAAGUACAUGCAGGGGCAGGGCUCCCAGGCAGGAGACUACAAGCAGUAUCUGCAGUCCUACGGUGGUGACUACAGCAAGUACAUGCAGGGGCAGGGCUCCCAGGCAGGAGACUACAAGCAGUAUCUGCAGUCCUACGGUGGUGACUACAGCAAGUACAUGCAGGGGCAGGGCUCCCAGGCAGGAGACUACAAGCAGUAUCUGCAGUCCUACGGUGGUGACUACAGCAAGUACAUGCAGGGGCAGGGCUCCCAGGGCCGAGACUACCAGCAGUACAUGAAGGGCUACACGAAGUACAUGCACUCUGGGAACAGUGGUCGCCCGGGCGCUCAGGGAAACCCUGCACUUUUGUUGGCGGAUGCCUCCAGCUCCAGUGCCCCCAAGAACAGUCACUCUGAUUCUGAGCACAAGGGCUCAGGGUCUGAGCACAAGGGUUCUGAGGCGUCAGAGAAGGAGAAGGCAGAGCCAGAGCCGCAGGAGAUGUCUGAGCGCCAGCGCGAGCAGCUCGAGCGCCAGCGUGAGAAGCAGCACUUGCAGGAGGAGCUCUCGUCCGAGAGGGCCAGCCUCCAUGCAGAGCUCGCGUCGGAGCAUGCAAGGCUGCGGAAGGAGCUUGCGGCCGAAGCAAAGCAGGCUGCCGCCAGGGCCGCCGCCAAAGCCGCCGCAGCGAAAGAGGGCAAAGGUUCGAGCCCUGCGCUCUUCGUCAGCGACCAAGGGCCAGAGGUGCAGGAGACCGCAGAGCUGGACGCAGAGAAGCAAAGGCUCCAUGACGAGCUCGCCUCAGAGCGCGAGAGCCUGCGCAAGGAGUUGGCGGCAGAGCAGGAGCACCUGCGUCAGGAGCUGGAGGCCGAAGCACAGCAGGAGCGCCAAGAGCGGCAGCAGGAGCAGAAGGAGGAGCAGGCGGAGAAGGAGAGGGAAGAGAAGGAGAAGAAGGAGGAGCAAGCCACGGCACCCGCCGAGCUGGCAGCCGUUCCGACUCCAUCUCCGUUCCUCUUUGUGGCUGCGACCCUUGCGGCGGGCUCGCUCGUCGCUGGCCUUCUCCACCUUCGCCGGCAGCAUCGAGCUCUGCAGGCCUGGGCUCGAAGAGCACCAAGGGAGGAGUCUUCGGUUUCUUUUGAACCUGCGUCAUGGCCAGGUGUUGAGGCUUGGCUUCUUCGCUGGGUCCGGGGUUGGGUUUACUUGGGGAGGUACGGACUGAAGAAGCUUCGACACCCCAAACCCCCAACCCCUUAG